AUGACAGUGCACAACCUGUACCUCUUUGACCGCAAUGGUGUCUGCCUGCAUUAUAGCGAGUGGAAUCGGAAGAAGCAAGCUGGCAUUUCCAAAGAGGAGGAGUACAAGCUGAUGUACGGCAUGCUCUUUUCCAUUCGCUCUUUCGUCAGCAAGAUGAGCCCGCUGGAUAUGAAGGACGGCUUCCUCGCCUUCCAGACGAGCAAGUACAAGCUCCACUAUUACGAGACGCCCACCGGGCUCAAGGUGGUGAUGAACACAGACCUCGGGGUGGGGAACAUCCGGGACGUGCUGCACCAGAUCUACAGCUACAUCUACGUCGAGUACGUGGUCAAGAACCCCCUGUGCAGCUUGAACGAGCCGAUCCAGAGCGAGCUCUUCUGCAGCAAGCUGGACUCCUUCGUCCGCAGCCUGCCUUUCUUCUCCGCUCGGGCCGGCUGAGACUUUGGCCCUUUGCGUUCCGAGGACCGCGUUUCCCAUGAUGCACGUGGACUGUUGUCAGACAGCGUACAGGACAGUGGCGCCUCUGGACCGUGCCUGGGCCAAGAAGUCCCAUUUGGAUAACUUUCAGUGGGAGGAGCCUCAUGUUAUUUCCCCCCCAAAAAAUGCUCUGGAGCUCCCAAAGCAGAUUUUUUUUGGCUCAGUAUCUGCUCUCUUUGUGAUCCGGACAGCCACUCUUCAUUUGCUGGGCUGUUUCUCCCCUUCUUACCCACAGUCCUUUGCCAGCCCAGACUCUUUCUGUUUCUGAAGGUUUUCUUCUUUGCCGCUUCCCCCCCCCCAAAAGAAACCCCUUCUAUUCAUAGCCCAUUCCUUCUGCUUUCCAGUUCACCGCUCAUCCAUCCUGGCCACGACAUCUCAUGCCCCCGGGGCUACUUGGACACAAAGGGACGCAGCACCUACAGGCCCAACGGAGCUCACAACAAGAUGGUUGAGCAGUCGGUCGUCUGAUUUCCAACACGGGGGAAGGGGCCUGGCGAGCUCCAGAAGUUUGGAAAUGAUCCUCACCUCCCCCCCCACACACACACACACACCGGCUUGCAUGAAUUAAAACGGCAGCGGUGCAUCUGGAAUCUUCAAGCGACCUCCGAUUGGCCUUGCAUAAUCGCGGUCUCCCGUGGGGAUUGGAGGGAGAGGGUGUCACUACGGAUUUGCCAAGCUUUACUGGGCAGCCAGCUGAGCUUCCCCCCUCCCCCCCAGUUGUCGUGGCCUAGAGGCCUCUCCUGGCUUGCAAAGACGGAGCACCUUGGUCAUCCCCCCGCCCCCCCCCCCCACGUCCCUGAGCAGUCCUUGGGCUGAGAGAUGCACGGUAGAUCCAAGUUGUAUCCAUACCAGUAAACCAG